CACGCUGUGUUGUGUAUUUGUGUAAUAAUGUGUUUUUAGUGUUCAAGUGUUUGGAUUGCUAUGGAUAAAGAUUUAGAAAAAGGCGAGCAAGAUGAAGACAUCCAGCCGUUACUCAAUCCGAGUGAGAGCGACCUCCUCCGAUUACGACUGCAGAGACCACGGUACCUGGGGCUGGGAGCUGGACUACAGUCCAAUCGUCCAAUACUCUCAAAGCUGUCAAUUCCCGACCUGACCCCAUCGUCCAUGGCGUCCACAGUGAACAGUACUCCCAACCUGGAGACCGGAGCCACCAUGUCCAAGCACUGGAGGAGAGGCGACCGCCGCCUUCAGAGACUCAACACUGAACUGCUGGAAGCCAUCGAUGAACAUGAUAUGGAGACCGUGGAAAAACUCCUCAACGCGGGCGCCAGUCCAAACGCGACCUGCCGUCUGAGCCUGGUCUCCGCGUGCCACGUAGCCGCCCUCAUCGGAGGAGAUGCCUUAAGCCUGCUCAUAAAGUUCGGAGCCGAGAAGCUGAGGACCGACAAACUAGGAAGAACUCCUCUACAUCUGGCUGCGUUUGCUGGAAACGCAAGACAAGUUGCUGUGCUGCUGGACUUUCCUGAAGAUAUCCAAGAGAGGGUCGGCUCGGAGAGCAUGUCCUCAGACACGGAGGAAGAUGUGAAGAAGCUCUGCCCCACUAUUAGAGAGCUGACCAACGUGCGCUGCGACCUCGGUGAGGUCAACUCACAGCUGCCGAAACCCUGGAGCGAUAACAUCGAUCAUGACUGCAGGGAUAUAACGGGACUCCUACCAAUCUUCCAACCAGGCUGGACGCCACUGCACGUGGCCAGUUCUUGCGUCCGGCGCCACUGCACACGACUCCUGCUCGCUGCUGGUGCGGACCCUAACGUCACAGAUCUAGAAGGUCGCACGCCUCUUGACGUCGCUGGCUACGCGUAUUACUAUAACCAAAAUGUUGAUGAGAAGAAGUAAGUAGAUAUAUCUGUAAUAUUUUUUUAAU